UUUGAGAAAGAAAAAGAGAGAAAAAGAAAUGGAUCACCUUGUCAUCUUUCAUUGACAAUUCAAACAAACACUUUAGUACCAUCUAUCCGGAAUUCCAGAUGAACUCCCUUCCUUCUCUUCUCCAACUCUCUCAUAUCUUGCUUGUGUUCAUGCAAGAUCCAAAGAAUUCACAAACAAGGAAGCCUUGGUAUCAGAGAGCAAUGGAAGCAGCAAAUUUAUGGAGACCCAUAUCAAAAUCCACUGAGAUCACAACAAAUUCAAGUAGUUCAAAGUUAAAGAAGUGUACUUCUCUCAAGAUUGCAACUUCAUUCACAAGAGUUUGUCUAUGUGCACCAAUCUCUUCUUACACUGAGAUUUUUCAAGCUGAUCUUCCACCAAGAAGAAGCAACAGUUAUCCAAGAUCAACAAAGCCAUUGGCUAUGCCUCCUCAAGAAAAGGUUCUUAAUAGUUCAAGAAUUAGUGCAGAGGGAAGGAGAAUUUUCCGCGGAAAAUCGGUAACUGAUAAUGUCUUAAUGAGAAGAUUUGUGGUGGAAGAAAAAGCAAUGAUGAAAGCCCGGAGAAGGAAUGAGAUGGAAGUAAUUAGGAAGAGAAGUUCCAUGAGGAGAAGAAAACUUGGGCCUAGUCCUCUUAGUAGAAUGGUUAUGGCUGGGGAUGAUUAAAUUUUAUUGAUUUUUUUUUUUUUUUUUUCAAGUUUUCCCUAAAAAAAGAAAGACCAAG